AACACUAAGGAUUCUUUGCUUUCUCCUUAUAAAGACUCAAUCUUUUGCUUGUGUAUCAGUUCAGAAACGUUCUUGAUACAAAUUUACUAUUUGGACAUUAGAAGCCAACUCUGUUACAUCAACAAGCAGGAUAUGGCCUUAGAACAGCUGGACACUACCUUUAACAAACACGAUGCUCCAUUAGGGAAAUGGAAGACAAUGAACGAUGAAGUUGAAGAGAAUAUUUCCGGUGGUUUUGAGUGUAACAUAUGCCUGGAUCUUGUGCACGAUCCUGUGGUAACUUUAUGUGGUCACCUCUACUGUUGGGCUUGCAUUUACAAAUGGAUUCAUUUCCAGAGUGUUUCUUCAGAAAAUUUGGAUCAGCAGCAACCACAGUGCCCUGUAUGCAAGGCUGAAGUUUCACAAAAAACCUUGAUUCCACUCUAUGGACGCGGUGGCCAAUCUACAAAACCAUCCGAAGGAAAGGCUCCGAAUCUUGGCAUAGUGAUCCCACAAAGACCUCCUAGUCCAAGAUGCGGCGGUCACUUGCUGAUACCAUCUACCGAUUCAAAUCCAUCCCAUCUCUUUCAACAACAGUCUCAAACACGUCAAUCGCCUUAUCAACAAAGCGCCUCACCAGGCACCACAGUUAAUAUGUUACAACCCUCCAUGAUUGGAGAAGUGGCCUAUGCAAGAAUUUUUGGUAACUCAUCAACAACUCUGUACACAAACUCUUACAAUCUAGCAAUCAGCAGUAGUCCAAGAAUGAGAAGGCAAUUAUUAGAGGCUGAUAAAUCACUUGGGAGAAUAUGUUUUUUCCUAUUUUGUUGCUUUGUAACAUGUCUAAUCUUGUUUUGAACACUUUUGUCUGUUGCUUCUACUUUGUAAAAAAGAAGAUAUGGUGUUGUAGUAGAUAAGAAAAUGUACAGCCUCAGUUAAAUGUGUAACAAAUCAUAGAAGCUUUUGCUUUCUUUGAUUGUUGAUAAAACACACUUGGAAUUAGAGUGCUUGAAGAUUGAACCCUUUUUUGAUAUAUUAAUCUAAGAAAUGAGGUUGGAAAUUCUAUCCA